AUGAGCGGCGGACGACCCGCCGGAGGCCAUCGCCGCGGCCUGAGCCUCGACACGAGGAGGCAGCACAUGAGGCAACGGUCGACGGCCUCGGCCGCCGCCGCCGCCGCUGCCCUGGCGACGUCAUCUCCCUCGGCACCGGGCCAGGACUUCACAACGCAUCAUGUUCUGCGAGAAGCGCAGCAGCAAUGCCUCCAGGCAGGCCCGGGCACUCAGUAUGCCUACAUGUCUGGCACGACACAGCAACAGCCAGCAACAGCACCACCCACCACCAUGUCCCAUGAGGCUUUCCUCAUGGCCGCCACCCACAACGACCCCCAAGCUCAAAGAUUCGAUCCUAACUGCUUCGAUCCCAAUGCUAUCCCCUUUGACCAGUAUCUCAUCAUGCAGAAGAACCGGGCCAACUUUGAGCAGAGCAUGGCCGCCGCCGCCGCCGCCAACAACGAGCUCUUUUCCGGCAACAGCGCCCUCUCCACCCCCACCUACGUCGAGUUUCACGAGACCCCGGCGCAGGCCCAGGGGUGGACCUCGGAGGGUGAGGUUGGCACCGUCCGCCGCACCGCGAGGCGGAUUAGCAACGGCAUCAUGGAUCGAGUCGCCAAGUUUGAACACCUAACCGAGGAGAUCCAAAGACCCUCCACGCCCCCAGCUCAGAAUGUGAAUGAUUGCCAUCCCCAACCCCAGAUCAAGACCGAGGCUCCGGGUCAAGUGACCUGCGACGAGUCGCGGCUGAACCGUUUCUCAGAGGGCUACGACGAGUCGAUGGAAGAAACCAUCAAGCCCACCAGGAGAUCCGGCCAGCGCAAGCAGCCGACCGCAUUCGACGAGAUGCGGAGGCAGGCCGAGCAGCAGGAGCACCAGAUUCAGGCUCAGCAGGCUCAGCAGCCGCAGCUUCAAAGGAUCGCUCCCGCCGGCCCCGUCCCCCAGCGCGCCAACACCAUGCCCGCCGCCUACCAGGGCAUCGGCGGCCACGAUUUCAUGGACAUGAACAACUUUAGCCACGAGUUCAUGAAGAUCCGCCACGGCUACGACGGCAUGGACUUUGGCGUCGUCGACGGCAUGCCCCACAUCAACCAGCCGCACCCCUUUGACAACCUCCCCGAUCUCCGACCCCACGACUCCAUCUCCCAGCCCAACUCCCCCAGCCGAUCCGGCGCCUCCAACCGAGCCUCCCCUCACCGCCGGACGGAAUCCCUCGCCAGCAUCGCCAGCGCCGCGAGCAUCGCCGGAAUCAAUAUCGAGGAGACGCGCACGGAGACGGGCAUCACGGUCGACGAUAUCGCCACGUACAUCUCGGGUCCCGACGCCGUCGACAACAAGUGGCUCUGUCUCUUUGAAGGCUGCGGCAAGCGCUUCGGCCGCAAAGAGAACAUCAAGUCGCACGUGCAGACCCAUCUCAACGACCGCCAAUACCAGUGCCCCACCUGCAACAAGUGCUUCGUGCGACAGCACGACCUCAAGCGACACGCCAAGAUCCAUACCGGCAUCAAGCCCUACCCUUGCGAGUGCGGCAACAGCUUUGCCCGCCACGACGCCCUCACCCGACACAGGCAGAGGGGUAUGUGCAUCGGCGCCUUUGACGGCAUCGUGCGCAAGGUGGUCAAGCGUGGCCGGCCCAGGAAGCACCGCCCCGAUAUGGAGUCCAGGAUGGACAAGGCGUCGCGCUCGAGAAGAAAGAACAACUUGUCCAUCAGCUCGGUCUCGUCGUCCCAGUCCGGCUACUCCGACUCCAGCUCCAUGCCCGGGUCGCCCCACAACGAGUACGAUAUGCUGGACGACGACGGCUUUGACCUGAUGGACGUGGCCAUUGACAGUUCCACCAUCAACGGAGUGCCGCCCAUGCUCGGCGGCACCUCCAGCUCCCAGAUGACGGCCAUGCCCGCCGAUAUCUCCGACCUUCAACAGUACGCCAACUCCCCGAAAGCCACCACUCCUACGUGUCCCCGAGGCCAUCAUGGAAGCCCCCAGACUCUACCACCCCACCCGACAUCGCCCGCCAAGAGCAUCGCGAGCCAGUACAACGAGCCCCCGGAGCUGUCGCAGUCUUCGUCCCCACCGCCGAGCCGCUUGUUCGACGUCGAGCCAAACACUUCCAUCACCGAUGAGUCGAACUUGUCGGCGUUUGUGCCCAUCGCCUCAACGAACCAGACCCUUCCCGGUUCGCUCACGGUGGGCAUGGGAGACCAAGAAGAUGAGAUGUUGCUCAAGGCCUUUACAAAUGACGAAAGGAUGCUCCAUCUGGACAGGGAUUCGUCCAUGUUCAUGAUGAGCAAGUUUGACGAGGAAUACGCCGUGAGCAUGCUGAAUGCGGAGAGCGACAUGUUCUUUGGAAGCUGA